CUCGGUUAGGGACGAAAGUUCCAGUUUCCCGCGGCAUUUCAAGUUGCCGCGAGUAAAAAAGCCGCCGCAUUUCCCCCUUUCCUUCUCAUCGAUCUCCUCCUCAAAUCUCUUCAAGAAUCACAGAUGGCCACUCGAGAUAUCGCCCUUGUCUCAAUCUCCGCAGCAGCCCUCGGAGCCCUAGCUUCAUUCCUCGCGAUCCGUGUCCUCUCCCCAAACCCUAACCCUAAAAAACCGCCAACUAACGAAAAACCUCUCGAGAAGUCUCCAGCUCGGAGCCCAUUCGAUCCAUCCAAGCGAAAAGAGUAUCUCUCGUGGGAUGAUUAUUUCAUGGCGAUCGCGUUCCUCUCGGCCGAGCGGUCCAAGGAUCCCAACAGACAGGUUGGGGCGUGCCUGGUCAGUGAAAAUGGGAUUAUUCUUGGAAUUGGCUACAAUGGAUUUCCAAGGGGUUGUUCUGAUGACAAGCUUCCCUGGGCGAAGGAUUCUGUCAUUGGAGAUCCACUAGAAACAAAAUAUCCUUAUGUCGUUCAUGCUGAAGUGAAUGCUAUCCUGAACACAAACCAUGCUUCUGCAGCUGGGCAGAGACUAUAUGUUACAAUGUUCCCCUGUAAUGAAUGUGCCAAGAUCAUCAUUCAGUCCGGCGUCUCUGAAGUAAUAUAUUUUGUUGAGAAAAGGUUGGGAAAUUCUGAUACUGCAUAUGUUGCCUCACACAAGUUGUUAUCAAUGGCCGGUGUUAAGAUUAGGAGGCACCGGCCACCCAUGACACAGAUUUCUGUCCUCUUUGACGAACCUUAGAAGUGUUCGCCCACGGUUGCUGUAUUCUUUACGCAUGCAUCUCAUGUGCUACUAAUUGAUAUCUAGCAGCAAAUUAGGUAGCAGGUUAUAUGGCCUGUUCGUAUAAUAUGCUAAUGGAUUUAAAAUUUCAUGAAUUUUCUGUUUACUUAAAUAACAAGAUAUUAUUGCAUGUCCCCUUCUUCUUAGCAAAAUUUCAUAGGCAUUGGUUUACUAUUCCAUCUCCUGUAAAAUUAAGCUACAUCUACUAGAUACGAAUUCCUUGUCUCAUAUUGUGAUAACCCACUAAUAACCCCACAUUGGGAAAUUGAUAGAGUUUGUGAGAGGGUAUAAAUGGUGUUUAAAUGAGAGUCAAGUGCAAUAGCGACUAGUUAAUUUUAGCAUAUCAUUAUUUUUUAUUAGGGAUGUAACCGGACCAAGACAUGGAAGGUUUGAUUUUGUUUCUUA